GUGAUUUGUAGGAUGGUGUGGCUUCUGAAUGAUGUUUAUGACGUUGAACACCGGGCCUAUUUCAUGUCGGAGAAGAUCCGGUCUCAUGGGGCAUCCUCUGUAAUGCAUUACGAUGAGCGGUACACCCCGUACAUCGAGAUGACGGGACUCCUUCCAUUCGUGCAGCUUGUGAGUCGAUCAACUCCCAAUCUGAACGCUGCGGCAGUCACAGCACUCAUUGAUCGUUGGAGGCCGGAGACACAUAGUUUUCACCUCCAGACUGGAGAGAUGACGGUUACUCUUCAAGAUGUUUCCAUGAUCACCGCUCUUCCGAUCGAGGGGAAGCCACUAUGUAUGAGCACUGAUUCUGAGGGAUGGCGGCAACAAAUGGAGGCUCUUAUUGGUAUGUCGCCGCAGGAGCCGGAGGUAGAAGAUGGAGGGAAGAAAGAUAGAGUCCCUACCGGCGCCACUUUCACUUGGAUUGCCGCCAACUUUGCUCAUUGUCCUGAGGACGCAGAUGACGAGGUGAUCCAGAGGUAUGCUCGCGUCUACAUGUGGUACGUCAUCUCUAGGACUAUCUUUGCGGACGGCACAGGCAAGAAUGCUCCAUGGAUGUGGCUGAAGGCGUUGACUGUUUUCGACAACAAGUUUAGCUGGGGCUCGGCCGCACUGGCUUACUUGUAUCGGCAGGUAAUAAAUUGUUAG